GAGCUGGAAAACUACCGUGCGGCGAUGCAUAAGAUGGCAGAUGACAUCCUGGCGCUGCGCUCUCAGGUGAGCGCGCUGGAGUCUGAGAACAGUCAGCUGCGGCGGGAUCUGUCUCUGCAUCAGGACCUCACCCUGCUGGACGACACCGACACUGACGUCAUGACCAAGAGCGAGAUUGCUGACCGGAUCGCUUCUCUGAAGUUCAAGCUGUCCAGUGAAAGCAGCAAAGCAGCCGCCCAGAAGGACAGAAUCCAACAGCUUCAAAACGAGCUCAUCAGGAAGAACGAUAUUGAGAAAGAGUUUGUCCAGCUGCAAAGAGCACAUCAACAGCAGCAGGCUGUGCUAAAGAAAUAUCAGAUCCGGAGUGGUAAAAUAUCUGCACUGGAGGAUACAGUUCGCCAACAGGAAAAGGUCAUUGAGAAGAUGGAGAAAAUAUUGGAUGCAAAACUGACGGAAAGAAAUAAAGAGAAUUCAGAAAAGAAAAAAUUAGCCGUGAAACAUAAAGAUGCAGAGGAGCUCAAGAGGAGAGAGAUCGAGCCUGUGCUGGCGGCAGAAAACUCUCGACUCAGAGAAGAGCUGCAAAGACUGCGUAAUCUCCCACCACCUGUUAUCAUUCAGCAGCCUGUGCAGACCCAUCAGCCUUUCUCAGACAGUGAGAAGCUGGAGUUAUUGACACAGCUGGCGAGAGCCGAGGGUCGAAUCCAGACACUGGAACAACAGCUGAAAGAAAACUCCAGACAGUGGGGGAAAGAGAAACAAGAGAUGUUGACCAGACUCAGUGAAUAUGAACAUGGGUUUGCUCGAACAUCAACCAUGAUUCUUCAUGAUCUACCUGUGAAAAGUCUGACUGAUUCUGUAUUGGGACGUACUCGACACAGGCAACUGGAACCUCUUAAGUGA